AUGAAUAGAUUAACAGCUGAUUGUGUGGUCAUAUUAUAUGAUAUUUUCAAAAAGCCCGAAGGAGGUGUACCAAUACAAAGUGAAUCACUGGCGACAAUGCCACCAAGUAUUAGUUCUUGGGACAGUCAGUGUCAUAUUGAAAAUGCCUCUAAAGAUUUUAACUGUCAGGCAGAUAGUCGGAAUGAAGACACUAGACAUACGAUAGGAGACAUUCGACCAGUUACUAGUAAACUGAAAGUUACUGAGCUUAAUGCUACGAAAACUUCACAAAGUAAAACUUAUUGUUCAAAUGAUUACAAUAGUGAAGAUAGUUUGCUUAAUGACAAAAAUGGGUAUAUUUGUGAUGUAUGCAGAAAUACGUUUGAACGGAAAAGUCUCUUAGUUAAACACAUAAAGACUCACAGUGAAGUGAAACCGUUCACUUGCAAGUUUUGCCAAUUCAAAACUAAAUAUAAAUGUAGUUUAAAGACUCAUAUGCGAACUCACACGGGUGAAAAACCUUUUACUUGCGAGCUAUGUGAUUAUAAAUUUGCACAAGUUAGUCAUUUAUUGAGCCACAUGAGAACUCACACGGGUGAAAAACCUUACAUUUGUAAGUUAUGUGAAUAUAAAUGUGCAGAGAAAAGUCAUUUAGUGCGCCACGUCAGAACUCACACGGGUGAAAAAUGA